GGCGGCGCUGUUUCCACAGCUGGUGAGCUGCCUGUUUUUGGUUGAAGGACUAUGUUGUAAAAAUCUUUCAAACUGUUAAUUUCGGACUUUCCGCGGCUCCCCUGGAGGUCUGCUCGGUGGGUUCGGGGCCCGUGUGACCGCCGCUUCCCGGGGACAGGCGCACUGGUCCGGGUCGGAGCGUCUCCUUAGCGGUUUUCUUCUCUCCGGAGCUUUUUAUUGCCAGUUAGCUCCGCGGCUAAUCUUAAAAGUCGCGUCAGCUGCGCGGAUUAAAAGUUUCCCCGCAGAGUCGGGCCCGUCGGUGGAGGCUCCGCUGGGCGCUUUUAAAUAACUUUAUCGCGGCUGUUUCUGCGUGUUUUCCUCUGUUUUACGCAGUCGUAAAAUUUACGUUAGCGGCAACUGCAAGUGAAGCGCAGUUGCGUGCAAUAAAUGUCGCUGUGGCCGGCAGUCACACACGGAUAAGGAGGUUUUCGUAAAGAGAUGCGGUAAAGACAAGCGAGCUUCGGUGUUCCGCCCGCUGACUCGGUGGCUCUGGAUUUGCUGCUAGUGAGGCCUGCGGGUCGGGCUUCCACCGGGCUCGAGUAGAGCCCGACGCCGCCGUCGAGAGGUUGAAGCCCGGCAGUCGGCGCAGCUGCAGCCCGGCCUGUGGACCAAGGUAUGGAACGGAUGGAAGUGGACCAGUGCGCAGGCGCAGCUGGCGGAGCGGGAGGCGGGGCACUCCGCAGGUCGAACAGCGCCCCCAUGAUCACAAGUGUCAGUGACGGGAUGACGGUCUUCAGUCCCGUGUCCUCGGCUCGGUACAGACGCAGCAGUGUCUCCAUCAACCCCAGCUGCCCCUCGCAGCUCGUCCCUCUGUCUCCUUUCUCUCUGACCGCAGACAGGCUCGACCACAAGAGGCAGGAGGAGAACACGGAGAUGACGCUCAGAGGGACUCUGCAGAGACUCAGUCCUUCCAGUCUGAUCCCAGUUCCUCCAGUCAGCCAGUGGCAUGACCACACAUCAGUGUGGUUUCCAACGCACGACAGCGGUGUCACGCCCAACUCGUCCCCGAGCCCUACCAGGAGGUUCAGACCUGCGGUCAGCGCCACGGUGAGGUGGCCGGCGUUGACUCCGCUGAAGAGGAAAGGAGGGGUGGAGUCAGACGGACCUCCAAAGAAGCUUUUUGUUGCUGGAGUAACAGACCCCGCCCACCGCAGCAGCUACACAGUCAGUGUCUCGCAGUCAGCAGCAGACUCUCCUCCUGUGGGAGGAGUCAGUCCUCAGUCCCGCCCCCUCUCUCUCUCUCCCCCAACCUCCUUCACCCCCUUCACUUCCCACCAACACCCCGGACACUAAAGCCCACCUCACCUAGAGCCCUGACCCGUCACUGUGGAUGCAGACUGACCAUCAGCAGCCGGAGGAACUUCGACCUUCAUCAGAGCAUAAAUCCACUCCAGUCAUCUGUCAGCAUCCCUGUAAGCCCCGCCUCUUCCUGCAGCAGAAAGAAGAUGUUUUUUCACU